AUGAAUCCUUUUAAAUUUUAUAACAAAAUAAAAUAUUUUAGCUUUGGAAGAUUAUCAAGAAGAUAUCUGUACACAGAAUUAAGUAAUAUGGAUGAUUAUUUAAAAAAAGUGAAUGGAGAUAAAUUGGUUGUAGCUCAAUUUGGUGCAUCUUGGUGUGCACCUUGUAAAAAAAUGAAACCAUUGAUUAAGAAGUUAGGAGAAGAUAGUGAAAACAUUGAAACUUUAUACAUAGACAUUGAUGAAUUUCCUGGAGAAAACGAGGAUAUAAAUGAAUUACCAACUUUUUUAUUGAGAAAAAAUGGAAAAUAUUUAGAUAAAAUCAUAGGAAUGAACGAAAAGGAAUUAACUAAUUCAAUUGAAAAACAUCAAAAAGAUUAA